CCCCCGCUGUUAACUUUGCCUCCUAUAUAUCUUACCGAGUCCAACUAUCCGCCUCGUUUUUUUCCCCACAUUCACUCCCCCUUACCGGGCUCGAAUAGUCGCCGGAAACGUUUUAGGCACACUGAAGCUGCCGUUCAAACUGGAUUUAAAAGCAACAGCGGAAGUUUGGCUUAAGAACUUGUAAGGCAUUUCUGGUUUAAAGAUAAAAACUGCAAAAUGUCAAACUUAGCUAUAACAGGCAUUUUAGAAAAGAUGACGGGUAAAGAUAAGGAUUACAGAUACAUGGCAACUUCAGAUUUGCUCAAUGAGCUGAGUAAAGAUGGAUUUAAAGCUGACAUUGAGCUGGAGGUGAAAUUAGCUCAUGUUGUGCUUCAGCAACUAGAAGACGUGUCAGGUGAUGUCUCUGGUUUAGCAGUGAAAUGCUUAGUUCCUCUUGUCAAGAAGAUUGGAGAGGAUAGGGUUUUGGAAAUGACAAACAGGCUUUGUGAUAAAUUGCUCAAUGGGAAAGAUCAGCACCGUGACAUAGCUAGUAUAGCCUUGAAGACUAUAAUUUCAGAGGUUUCUUCACAAGCUCUUGCUCAACGCAUCCUGGUCUCAGUUACACCCCAGCUGAUAAAGGGAGUUACUGGUCCUGUAAAGAGUACAGAAAUUAAGUGUGAAAGUCUCGAUAUCUUAUGCGAUGUGUUGCAUAGAUUUGGCAACUUGAUGAUAAAAGAUCAUAAAGAAUUGCUGAGUGCGCUUCUAUCGCAAUUAAAUGUUAACCAGGCUAGUGUGAGGAAGAAGUCAGUUUCUUGCAUUGCAUCUCUUGCCUCAAGUUUGUCUGAUGAUCUACUAGCCAAGGCAACUGCUGAAGUAGUGCAACUGUUGAAAAGUAAGAAUACAAGACCAGAAAUAACUCGAACAAACAUCCAGAUGGUUGGAGCUUUUAGUCGUUCUGUUGGAUAUCGUUUUGGGCCUCAUCUUGGGGAGACUGUUCCCCUGCUCAUUAGCUACUGCACAAGUGCGUCUGAAGCUGAUGAAGAGCUGCGUGAGUACAGUUUGCAGGCGUUGGAAAGUUUUCUACUGAGAUGUCCCAGAGAUAUAUCUUCAUAUUGUCAUGAUAUCUUGAAUCUUACUCUGGAAUAUUUAAGCUAUGAUCCGAAUUUCACGGAUAGCAUGGAUGAAGAUACUGAUGAUGAGGGUAACGUGGAGGAGGAAGAGGAUGAAAGCGCAAAUGAAUAUACUGACGACGAGGAUGUCAGUUGGAAAGUUCGAAGAGCUGCUGCAAAAUGCUUAUCAGCUAUUAUUGUUUCACGGCCAGAGAUGCUCUCAAACAUGUACUUGGAGGCAUGCCCAAGGUUGAUAGAAAGGUUUCGUGAAAGAGAGGAAAAUGUCAAGAUGGAUGUAUUUAACACCUUUAUUGAGUUGCUAAGACAGACUGGAAAUGUGACAAAAGGACAGGCUGAUUUUGAUGAAUCAAGCCCCCGUUUUUUAUUAAGGCAAGAGGUGACAAAAAUUGUUAGAUCUAUAAACAAGCAGUUACGUGAAAAAUCCAUCAAGACAAAGGUUGGAGCUUUUUCAGUUUUAAAAGAACUUGUGGUUGUUUUACCCGACUGUCUUGCCAAUCAUGUUGGAUCCCUUGUAGUUGGAAUAGAGAAAGCUUUAAGUGAUAAAUCUUCUACCUCAAAUUUAAAGAUAGAGGCAUUGAUUUUUGCUAGACUUGUUCUUGCUUCGCAUUUACCAUCGGUUUUUCAUGCUCACAUUAAGGCUCUUUCAAAUCCUAUACUAACAGCCGUUGGUGAACGAUAUUACAAAGUUGCUGCAGAGGCUUUACGAGUUUGUGGAGAACUAGUUCAUGUUCUUCGUCCAACUUUUGAGAAUUGUGCUUUUGACUUCAAACCUUAUGUCAAUAUGAUCUAUAAAGCCAUUUUGGCUCGCUUGGCUAAUCAGGAUCAGGAUCAGGAAGUCAAAGAGUGUGCUAUAUCUUGCAUGAGCCUUGUGAUUUCAACUUUUGGUGAUAAUCUACAACGGGAAUUGCCUGCAUGCCUUCCUAUAUUGGUUGAUCGAAUGGGAAAUGAAAUAACCCGUCUUACUGCAGUGAAGGCUUUUGCAGUAAUUGCUAACUCGCCUCUUCGGGUGGAUCUAUCUUGUGUCUUGGAACAAGUUGUUUCAGAGCUAACAGCAUUACUUCAAUUGGCUAAUAGAGCUUUGAGGCAGGCUACAUUAGGGACACUCAAUUCCUUGCUUAUUGCUUAUGGUGAUCGAAUUAGUUCACCAGCUUUUGAAGUUAUAGUUGUUGAACUUUCAACUCUGAUAAGUGAUAUGGACCUGCAUAUGACUGCUCUUGCGUUAGAACUCUGUUGCACUUUGAUGACUGACAGAAAGUCUAGAGAGAGCGUUGGUUUAACAGUUAGACAGAAAGUUCUUCCACAAGCGCUCCUACUAAUCAGAAGCUCCUUGUUACAGGGCCAAGCUUUGCAAGCUCUGCAAAGAUUUUUUGCUUCAUUGGUUCAUUCAGCAAAUACAAGCUUUGAUGCGCUAUUAGAUUCACUUCUUUCAAGUGCUAAACCAUCACCACAGUCUGGUGGUCUUUCCAAACAGGCUAUAUAUUCUAUUGCACGAUGUGUUGCUGUGCUUUGUUUAGCUGCAGGCGAUCAGAAAUGUGUAUCUACUGUUGAAAUGCUUAAAGGCAUCCUGAAAGAUGAUGGUAACACCAAUUCUGCUAAAAAACACUUGGCACUGCUUUGUCUUGGAGAAAUUGGAAGAAGGAAAGAUUUGAGUUUGCAUACACUAAUAGAAACUAUAAUCAUAGAGUCCUUUCAGUCCCCUUUUGAAGAGAUAAAGUCUGCGGCUUCUUAUGCCUUAGGUAACAUAGCUGUAGGAAACUUGUCAAAGUAUUUACCGUUCAUAUUGGACCAAAUUGAUAACCAGCAAAAGAAGCAAUACCUUUUGCUGCAUUCGCUAAAGGAGGUCAUUGCGAGGCAAUCUUCAGAUAAAGCUGAUCAAAAUGAGCUUCAGGAUUCAUAUAUUGAGAAGAUAUUAGCUUUGCUUUUUAAUCACUGUGAGAGUGAAGAAGAAGGAGUUCGCAAUGUAGUAGCUGAGUGUUUAGGCAAGAUUGCACUUAUUGAACCUAGAAAUCUUAUUCCUGCUUUAAAGAUUCGCACCACCAGUCCGACAGCUUUCACAAGAGCGACUGUUGUGAUCGCAGUGAAGUAUUCCAUUGUUGAAAGACCGGAAAAAAUUGAUGAAAUUUUAUAUCCCGAGAUUUCAACAUUUCUUAUGCUAAUUAGAGAUAAUGAUCGGCAUGUCAGACGUGCUGCUGUCCUGGCUUUAAGCACUGCCGCACAUAACAAGCCUAAUUUGAUUAAGGGGCUCCUUCCUGAGAUGUUACCACUUUUGUAUGAUCAAACUGUUAUCAAGCAAGAGUUAAUAAGAACAGUGGAUCUUGGUCCAUUCAAGCACACUGUGGAUGAUGGACUUGAGAUUAGAAAGGCAGCUUUUGAGUGCGUGGACACUUUACUUGAUAGCUGUCUUGAUCAAGUGAACCCAUCUUCUUUUAUAGUUCCUUAUCUUAUAUCUGGUUUGUCUGAUCACUAUGAUGUCAAGAUGCCUUGUCAUCUCAUUUUAUCAAAACUUGCAGAUAAGUGUCCUGCUGCUGUCUUGGCAGUUUUGGAUUCAUUGGUAGAACCACUUGAAAAGACAAUUAACCACAAACCCAAGCUUGAUGCUGUGAAGCAAGAGGUCGAUCGGAAUGAAGAUAUGAUCAGAAGUGCUCUUAGAGGCAUUGCAUCCUUGAACCGGAUAAGUGGAGGUGAUUGCAGCUUAAAGUUUAAGAUGCUAAUUAACAACAUAACGAGUUCUCCAACAUUGGCUGAGAAGUACAAUUCCGUGCGGACCGAGUGAAUGAAGAAAUGAACCCUUUGACCAAUCAACUCAAUAUAGUUUAUUAAAUAAGCAAAAAUUUUGGAUAUUGAAGCAUCCUUUGCUCAGCCCCCAGCAGUAUUUAUUGGAUGGUGUGAUAAGUUUAGCUAACAGUGGAGAAUCACUACUUGAAGAUCUGUUAUGUAGUUUGAAAGAUCUGUUAGCGUUUCUCAUUUAUUGGCUGUUUUGGGUGAGGUCGGGGUCAUUAUUGUUAUAUGAUUGUAAGAUCAACGUGUAAAAAUAUCACUCGAAAGGGAUGAAGUUUGAAUUUCAUUCGAUAAUUGCAUGUAACAUGUAUUUUGGAGCUCAUGUUAAUAGCUUUCCAUUAUAAUUGGACUUUUUUUUUU